GCCAGCCUGCAUUGUGAUAGCGACAGAUGUCUGAGAGGCACUCCUCAGAUCCACACUGCACCCUCGGAGAGCAAGACCGGAAUUCGCAGCUGUCACUCCCAAGGCUUUCAACUCCAUCAUUACAUUCAAGACGAGUUUGGAGGCCAACUGAUCGCCCUCCUCAGAUACAGGUGACACCAUGGGAGGGAAAUUGAGCAAGAAGAAGAAGGGCUACGAUGUGAGUGAUCCCAAAGAAAAAAAAGAUGAAGCUGCAGCACCAGCUGCAAGUGCUGAAGAGUCUUGUAAAGUUGCAGAUGACGCACCACCCGCUGAAGCCCCUGUAACAACUGAAUCAGGCGUUGUGGAAGAGGAAACUGUUGGAUCAGCUGUGGCAGCAGUAACUGAAGUAGCCAAAGCCCAAGAAGAGCCUAAAUCUGAUCCACUUGAAGAACAAGCACUCGUAGCAGCUCCAGCAUCAGACGAACCAGUCCCAGUCAAGGAUGAACCAGCUCUGGCUCCAGAAGAACCAGUCUCAGUCAAAGAAGAAGCGCCUCAAGCUCCGGAAGAACCAGUCAUAGUCAAUGAAGAACCAGCUUCUGUUCCAGAACAACCAGCCAUCGUCAAGGAAGAAGAAGCUCCAGUUCUAGAAGAACAAGCUGCAGUCAAGGAAGAGACAGCUCCAGCAUUGGAAAAUCCAGUCACAGUGAAAGAGGAAAUAGCUACAGCAGAAUCAUCUGCAGCACCAGAAGUGGCUGUAUCAGAGGAACCUGUUGAAGUCACAGAUGAAGCUGUUGCAGCUCAAGAGGAAGAGGUAGCUGUAGUAGAAGAAGAACCUACUGCAGCACCAGAGGAGGCAGUUCCCAUUUUAGAAGAACCAGCUACAUUAUCUGAAGUAGCAUCAUCAUUACCAGAUGAAGCUACAGUCCAAGAGGCUGCACCAACUGCGGUUGAACCAGAGUGUGCAGCUGCACCUGAGCCUGAACCUGUGGAAGAACCCGCUACUGUUGAAGAAAAUCUAAACGAACUAGAGGAUGUUCCUGCCAGUCCAGAGGAGGCACUGCAAGAGCCAGAACCCAUCCCAGUGACCGUUUCGGUGGAGGCAGUCUUACCUCCAUUCACUCAGGAAUUUGAACCUUUAGCCGACCCAGUAAGAGAGGAAGAGACACUUUUUGACACUGGAAUAGAACAGGUAACAGAGCCUAAAGCUGAAUCAGUGGCAGAGAAAGAAACAGAGCCAGAACAGGCGGUUGACACGCAGGAACCCCUGGCUGAGGAACAAGGCCAAGUAAAUGAGCCCGAUCCAACAGUGGCCACAGAUGGCAACAUGGAAAAAGAGACUGUGGGUGCUGAGGAAACCCACGACAAAUGUCUGCCUUCAAAUGAUGAAUCAGCUGAACAAGACAUAGCAGAACCUGUUGAAACUGAGGCGAUAGCUGAAGCUUCUGCAGAAGAUGUGCCUUGCUCUGAGGAUGUGGGAGAAACAAAGAUUGAAAAUGGUGAUAUGGAGAGCUCUCCAAUUACAGAGGAUGUGAUGGAAGUAGCAGCUCUCCCGCUUGUGAACGGAGAGUGCACAGUCUCCACAAACCCUAAGGAAUGUGUUAAUGGUAUUGAGAAAUCGGUGGAGUCGCCUGUCAAGAAGCUGAGUGACUUUGAACUGAAAACAGACAUUAACCUGAGUGGGGAUGUCCAGGAAGCCCCAGAGGCUGCCGAUGGCAUGGUGGAGGCUCUGAGUACCGAGGUCACACAGGAAGUUUGAUCUUUCAACUUCAUGGAAAUUUUGACAAAUCCUCCAAUGAUGUGAAAGAGGCAUCAAUGAAUCGCAAAAGCAUCGAAACAUUCAGAAAUUUCAAAAUCAUCAUUGGGUUAAAUUGUUACUAAGGCAUUUAUCUAUUUUGUUUUGAGUAAAAAAAACAUAACAAACACAGUUACAUGUUGAUAGACAGAGCCAGGUAGCUAGAGGGUAAGAUGGAACAACAAGAACAGACAGGAGUUUAGAAUUUGAGGGGUGAGCCAAGACAGUUUAACCACACAAGUUGUUUAAAAAUACAGCCAGAUAGACACGUUAUUAACAAAUAAAGUGAUUGAAUCUGUUUUUGUCUGUGAGCCUGAUUGGUAUGACAAUAUUAGCUGAAUUACAUUUAUUGUUUCUACUACAAUGUGUAAAGCCACAGAAUGUUUGGCCUUUUAUAACAAAUGAUACUUGUAAGAUUUGUUGAAUUUAAAAUGAAUGAACAGGGAAUAAAACAUUGUUAUAGCCCA